CGACACUCUGCCUUCCGCGCGUGACCUCGCCCCGCCCCCGCCCUGCUCCUCUGUCACUUCCUGAUUCCCGCUUCCUGCUUCCCAGAGUCCAGGAUCCGGAGCCACCCGAGGUCGCCGCCGCAGCCCCCGGCGCCCCCGGCGAGCGACAUGUCCUUCCGCAAAGUGGUUCGGCAGAGCAAAUUCCGGCAUGUGUUCGGGCAGCCGGUCAAGAAUGACCAGUGCUAUGAGGACAUUCGAGUGUCCCGAGUUACCUGGGACAGUACCUUCUGCGCAGUCAACCCCAAGUUCCUGGCGGUGAUUGUGGAAGCCAGUGGCGGGGGUGCCUUCUUGGUGCUCCCCUUAAAUAAGACGGGCCGCAUCGACAAGGCCUACCCAACAGUGUGUGGGCACACAGGACCUGUCCUGGACAUUGACUGGUGCCCCCACAAUGACGAAGUCAUUGCCAGUGGGUCAGAGGACUGCACAGUGAUGGUGUGGCAGAUCCCAGAGAACGGGCUGACCUCCCCACUGACAGAGCCAGUAGUGGUGCUAGAGGGGCACACCAAGCGUGUGGGCAUCGUCACCUGGCACCCCACAGCCCGAAAUGUGCUACUCAGUGCAGGCUGUGAUAACGUGGUGCUCAUCUGGAACGUGGGCACCGCGGAGGAGUUGUACCGCCUGGAUAGCCUGCAUCCCGACCUCAUCUACAAUGUCAGCUGGAACCGCAAUGGCAGCCUCUUCUGCACCUCGUGCAAGGACAAGAGUGUCCGCAUCAUUGAUCCCCGCCGGGGCACCCUGGUGGCAGAACGGGAGAAGGCUCAUGAGGGGGCCCGGCCCAUGCGGGCCAUUUUCCUGGCGGAUGGCAAGGUGUUUACCACGGGUUUCAGUCGCAUGAGCGAGCGGCAGCUGGCACUCUGGGAUCCUGGAAACCUUGAGGAGCCCAUGGCCCUGCAGGAGCUGGACUCAAGCAAUGGGGCGCUGCUGCCUUUCUACGACCCUGACACUGGCGUGGUCUACGUCUGCGGAAAGGGUGAUUCCAGCAUCCGGUACUUCGAGAUCACAGAUGAGCCCCCCUACAUCCACUUCCUGAACACAUUCACCAGCAAGGAACCUCAAAGGGGCAUGGGCAGCAUGCCCAAGAGGGGUCUGGAGGUCAGCAAGUGUGAGAUUGCCCGGUUCUACAAACUACAUGAGCGCAAGUGUGAGCCUAUUGUCAUGACUGUGCCAAGAAAGUCUGACCUCUUCCAGGAUGAUCUGUACCCUGACACGGCUGGGCCGGAGGCAGCCUUGGAGGCAGAGGAGUGGGUGAGCGGGCAGGAUGCUGACCCGAUCCUCAUCUCACUGCGGGAAGCCUAUGUGCCCAGUAAGCACCGGGACCUGAAGGUCAGCCGACGCAAUGUAUUAUCAGACAGCCGGCCUGCCAGCUCCACCCGCCCUGGAGCCUCCGCAUCUGCUGCCAUUGCUGAGGCUGCCCCCAGCAGUGGCCUUGUUGGGGCCAGGGAGGCCGGGAAGCUGGAAGAAGUGAUGCAGGAGUUGCGGGCGCUGCGGGCACUGGUCAAGGAACAGGGGGAUCGCAUCAGCCGCCUGGAGGAGCAACUAGGUCGCAUGGAGAACGGGGAUGCAUAGGACCACCACCCACAGACCCACACCUAAUACUGCCUACUCAGCCCCUUCUCACUUAGCUUCUGCUGGUGGGUCACACUUGGCGGUUGAUUGGUCACGCCUCUGGGGCAGGUCAGGGAGGUUCACAGUUUACCCCUCCCUGGGACCCAGUUGGAACUUUCACCUGGCUUUCAUCAUUGUUACCAGGGAAGGUUUUUUUGUACCAAGGCAAACUCACAUGACCUUAAGGGACCAUCUCCCCCACCUGCUCAACUUUCUGCUCCCUCCCCAGAGGAAGUAGCAGAGAUGGGCUCUAUAUUUUCAUUCCAAAUAAAAAUUUCUUUCUACAA